AUGAAACUCACUCAAUACCUGGGUCUUACUAUUGUUCCGGUCGCUCUAAUCGGCACUAUAUGUAAUGGUUUAGUAGUCCUAGCCAUGUCCAGCAAUCGCUCUCUGAGCCACUCCUUCUCGAUGCUCACCGGCAACCAGGCGGUCUUUGAUGGCUUAUUCUCCUUCAUCUGCUUGAUCUACGUGGCACCAAUGAUAGUUUUUGAUGUAACCUUUUUGAAGGAUAAUUCUCAUCACGUUGGAUUUUUAUUGAUGGUGUGCUAUGAUGUGUCGAUUCAAACUCAUGCACUGAUUACUGUCAAUCGGUUUUGUGCGGUGUUUUUACCGAUGAUGUAUAGUAAAUUGUUCAAUACCCUGCAGAUUCUACUACAACGAUCAAUUACUCAGCUUCUACCUCACGGAUCUUCAAAUCUGUUGGGAUUAUUCAUUAUACCUGGAUACGGUAAAACUUAUGACAAUUUGUACUUUUAA